UCUAGCAACCUGGCAACUCUAGCAUUCCUCUGCUGUUAAACCUAUAGCUGUACCACCAGUACCUGAUACUGUGACCUUCUUCCCACCGGCAGCCUAUAGGCUCUAAUGAUACGGUAAAACAUACCCAAAUAAAGCACUGGACAAGUGGAAGAGGUAUAGCUGACAAUAACAAAAAUAUGUAUGGUAAGGCUACGUUAUACUACUCUCUAACCAGCAGAGAAACUCCAUCAGAACAGAAAUCAGUUUGUAUGUGUCUCAAUGUUUAACAGCAAACACACACCCAGGAACACAAAAGCAGCAGAUGACAGUAGUGAUUCUACAUCAGUGAGAAAAAAGAAAAAUAUUAGACCUGAAACGGCCAUUUUAUCCAAAAGAGUAACUGCUGAUCAAAUGUCACACAAUCAGUUUAAGAGGCCGGUAAUCCCAGUAAGACGACCAGGAUUUAAAGUGUGCUACAUAUGUGGGAGGGAAUUUGGGUCCAAAUCAAUUGCUAUACAUGAACCAAAAUGCCUAGAGAAGUGGCACAUAGAAAAUGACAAUCUACCAAAGCAUCUCAGAAGGGCGGCCCCGGUGAAACCGCAGAUUACUGCAGAUGGUUCAGGCAUAGCUGAAAACGAGGCAGCGUGGAAAAGUUCCCAAGCUCAACUUUUACCAUGUGGGAACUGCGGACGCACAUUUCUUCCUGACCGGCUUCUUGUACACCAAAGAAGUUGCAAAUCAGAUGGAAAAACCGUCGGUACCUUAAAGACCACAGAUGACAAAAAAUCCAGUGCAACUAUAAAAACAGAAAGUGAGUUUUCUAAUACCAAGGAUUUAGCAGGCCCAACAAAGCCCAAAACCUUAAUUUGUUACAUAUGUGGAAGGGAGUUUGGCACUAAAUCUCUUCCUAUCCAUGAGCCAAAAUGUCUUGAAAAGUGGAAAAUAGAAAAUGAUAGGUUACCGAAAGGACAGCGCAGACCUGUUCCUCAGAAACCUCAGCUUGACCCAUCUAAAGUGACCAGCCGUAAAGAACAAAAUGAGGCGGCCUGGCAAAGCUUUAAGGAUCAGUUGCUGAAAUGUCCAAACUGCGGACGAUCUUUUGCAAGCGAUCGCCUUCCUGUCCAUCAGAAGGGCUGCAAAGUAACCUCAGACCGAAAGGAAGCAACCAAGGCCAAUAACGCACUGAAGCAAAAGAAUGGAACUACUGAAAAAAAUGUCAAGCAGCCACAAGUUUUAAAGCAGCCUCCGACAGUUGUGUGCUACAUUUGUGGACGGGAAUUUGGCACCAAAUCUAUCAGUAUCCAUGAACCACAGUGCUUACAAAAAUGGAAUCUGGAGAAUGACAGACUACCCAAAAACCUGCGAAGGCCUGAACCUAAAAAGCCUGAAGUUAGAUCAAUUGGAGCAAAGGGUUCCUAUGAUCUUGUUUCCUUAAAUAAGGCAGCCUGGCAGAGUGCCCAGAGCCAGUUGGUUGCAUGCGAUAUUUGUGGACGUACCUUCCUGCCAGACAGGCUCCUUGUCCACCAGAGAUCCUGUAAACCGAAAAAACCAAGUAGCCAAGUCUGAGUCGUGCUGCAUGGUGCUGUAAGGGCCUCACAGGGGCUGUAAAUUCUCUGUGCAAUAGGUGUGCCUUCAGGAUAAUGCAUUAGAUUGUGAUCCCGCCAAUGGAAUGAUUUCCUUUAGAGACAACGUGAAUAAUAUAAAUUGUAUGCGUGUAUGUCUGGCUUCAUGGCGAAAUAAUUAGAAUAUUAAUAACGCUCUGUGUGGAUAUACUUUGUCUUCAUUUGACUUUUCUGUCAGCAGGAAUAUGGAAAACUUCUGAAUUCCUAUUAUUUCCCAUCACAUACUCCUGAGAUAAUAGAGGCACUUGUGGGGGAAUGGCAUUAAAAUAGGAGACAGAAAUUUUUUUUGUAAGAACAAAUAUUUCACAAUGUCAUUAGAAUGCUAUUACAUGACUGCAAAUCUUCAUACAGGUCAUUUAUUAGGACCUGAAUGAAGAUCAUGUUGCAAAAAUAGUUUUUUUCAUGGUAACAGUUCAUUUAAUAAUUCAAAAGGUUUAAGAAACUUUAAAAGGGGGAUUUUACAGGCACACAAGACCAGGGCUGUAUGUAGGUCGCUGCCACCCUGAGCAAUGGUCCAAUGUCAGAUUGUGGCAUUUUUUGCACUUGGCACAAUGCGUGGGGCAUUGCAGAUCAUCCCUCUAUAUGUAUGAAUAGUUACACAAUGUUUUUGCUCAUUUUUUUCAUGUUAAUGAAUUGUAUCAUUGUAUUUUACUAAAAUAUGCAAUGUAGUAACUUCUAAUGAACAGUAUGUGAUUUUUAUUAGGUUCCCCAAAAUACUCUGUCUUAGACUUAGGGGCACAUUUACUAACCCACGA